ACAGCCAAUCGACGCCGAAGGCUGAAUUGCUGAGGCCGGUUGAACGGGUGCGGGGGAGGCGACUUCUUCCGGCGGACCGAGGGUGGCUCGGUACGUUGAAGGACAUAGCCUGCGGAAUUCGUGCUUUCUGCAAGAUUGAAAUCAUGGCAGGUCCAGAAACUGAUGCCCAAUUCCAAUUCACUGGUAUCAAAAAAUAUUUCAACUCUUAUACUCUCACAGGACGAAUGAAUUGUGUACUGGCCACAUAUGGAGGCAUUGCUUUGCUGGUUUUAUACUUCAAGUUAAAGCCUAAGAAAAAUCCAGCUGUGAAAGCAACAUAAAAGGAUUCUAAACUGUACCUCAUCUGUAAUUUCCCCUGCCUGGAGAAGCUAAUGUCAACUCAUCAUGUGAUACUCAAUUUGUACAAUAAAUUAUGAACCUGGAAAA